AUGGAGCAAAUAAAGUGCCGGCUUUCCUGUCUUGGCAGCACUGGUGGUGUGUCCCACUGCCCGAGUUCCAUGCUCACUGGAUACCCGUCCUGGAUACCGUCUCUGACCCGACUGCUCUUUUCAUCUGACAGUACGCUUCCUUCCCAGCCUGAGUGGGCUGCCCUCAACGCCCCACUGCCUCCUCACCUCAUGGCCAUGAGAGCUGCCUGCCUCUUCCUGCUCUUCUUGCCUGGCCUGCUGGCUCAGGGCCAAUACGACCUGGAUCCUCUCCCGCCGUUCCCGGACCAUGUCCAGUACAACCACUAUGGCGACCAGAUAGAGAACGCAGACUACUAUGACUACCAAGAAGUGAGUUCUCGGCCCCCUGAGGAACAGUUCCAGUCCCAGCAGCAAGUACCACAGGAAGUUAUCCCAGCUCCUACCCCAGAACUGCCAGCUGCAGGGGACCAGGACACCGAGCCCACGGAGCCUGGCCCUCUUGACUGCCGUGAAGAACAGUACCCAUGUACCCGCCUCUACUCCAUCCACAAGCCUUGUAAACAGUGUCUCAAUGAGGUCUGCUUCUACAGCCUCCGAAGAGUAUAUGUGGUCAACAAGGAAAUAUGUGUCCGCACAGUCUGUGCCCAUGAGGAACUUCUCCGAGCUGACCUGUGCCGAGACAAGUUCUCCAAGUGUGGUGUGAUAGCCAACAGUGGCCUGUGCCAGUCUGUGGCUGCCUCCUGUGCCAGGAGCUGUGGGGGCUGCUAGGGUGGAGCUGGUGCGAGAUUCGAGCCCUGGACCCAGCUCGGAUCCACCUCAGGCCCUGCCUGACCUGGUGCUUUCUCUCCCAUCUUGCCCUCCCUUUCAUCCCGGACAUCAGUGGGCUGCUGCCCUGGGGAGUGUGGGCAUAGCUGCCUUGGGCCCCUUCCCAGCCUGUGGCCAUCCCUAAGUGGGGGCUCCUGACUGUCCAGUCUCCACCCCUUAAUGGGGUUCAUCCAAGGCCUCUUUGUGAGGCCUGGGGUUCUCACUGUGCCUUCUCAGUGCCUGGGGGCAGUCCUCCUCAGUCUCCUCAGGUAGGCUGUGCCCCUUACCCAGCUGGUCUGCUUGGAUUUCCCACGCCCCCAGGCAUGGAUCACCUGUUUUAUACAAAAUAAUAAAGUUUUUACAAAAGA